UCACUUGUCUUUGCCUCCACCCGCUCCAGCGCCGCACAUGCCCGAACUCAGCUCCUUACACUGCACAAUCCCCGUCAGGAAACCUUCAUGGGAACACGGGGACGAGAUGAACUCCGAGGAAGAAUGGAAUGAGAGACACGACGUCACCUUUCCUUCCCAUGCAUCAUCUCUUUAAGCGGAUUUUCUUACCAAUAGCUCAUCUGUCUGUGGGACCCUGAGCUACAGUUCUGUACCAGCAUGGCGUCCAUGCUUUAUCCUCUCCUGUUCCUUCUGCUUCCCUUACUUCAUGUUCAGUCAAGCUCCCAUCAGAAGCCCCAGUGGCCUUUGCAGCGUGUACCAGUAGUCCUUCCUCAACAGAUUGAGGAGCGUCCUCCCCCUCAUUUUAUCGGCCCAGCUCAUCUGGAAGUGACCUCUUCCUGCGGUCCAGAAUGUCACAAAAAAGCCCCAGCACCGAGCUACUGGGACCUGCGGCGCUUCCUGUCCUACGAGACUCUCCACUCAAAUGGCCAGCUGACUGAGACAGUUGUGGGAAUCUACGGCUUCAACCCGAACACACUACAGACUCCUGCAACUGAGCAGGGACGUUCCAGGGCCAAGCGCCAGAUCUUUGGCUACGAUGGUCGCUUUAGCAUUGUGGGACACGACUUCCUCCUGAACUACCCAUUUUCAGCUGCUGUAAAGCUGUCCACCGGGUGCUCCGGCACACUAGUGGGUAACCAGCAUGUCCUUACUGCAGCCCAUUGCAUCCACGAUGGAAAGAACUACGUCAAAGGUACGCAAAGGUUGCGCGUCGGGUUUCUGAAGUCACGGCAAAAGGACGCGCUGUCCAAUAACAGCACUAACAACAAGAUGAAGUUCCAGUGGAUCAGAGUCAAGCGUACGCACGUGCCCAAGGGCUGGAUAAAGGGCAAUGCUAAUGACAUUGGCAUGGACUACGACUACGCUCUCUUGGAACUCAAGAAGGCUCACAAGCGCAAACACAUGAAGCUUGGAGUCAGUCCUUCUGCCAAGCAACUGCCCGGCAAGCGCGUGCAAUUCUCUGGCUUUGACAACGAUCGACCGGGCCAGCUUGUCUACCGAUUCUGUAAAGCUGGGGAUGAAACCUAUGACCUCCUGUAUCAGCAUUGCGAUGCUCAGCCUGGUGCUAGCGGCUCUGGCGUUUAUGCACGGAUGUGGGAUCGCCGGCGCCGCCGCUGGGAACGAAAGGUGAUCGGGAUCUUUUCGGGACACCAGUGGGUGGAUCUCAACGGUGCUGCCCAGGAGUUUAACGUAGCAGUGCGCAUCACUCCUCUGAAAUAUGCCCAGAUCUGCUACUGGAUCAAAGGGAACUAUGUGGACUGCAGAGAAGGCUAAACUCCAGCUGUACACCUGGAUUCAUUCAAAUGGAGUUUAAACACCUAUGAAUACAUGAAACACUGGCAUGUAAACACUGAAAAACUUAACACUCCCAUUCACACUGUAAAUAUACCGUUCUACAUCCUUAUCAAUAGUUACUUAACCAUAUAACUUGGCAGUCUUCUUUCAGUUGGUUUUUACAAUCGCAUCUUUGAUAACGGCGAAUAAAAACUGCUUCAGUCUUUCCAUUGGAGCAAAACGGCAAACAAUUGUGAAUAGAGGGAAAAAAAUGAAAGCAGCAGAAUGGAAAGAUCACCAAAGAUGCUUUUUUUGUUGUUUUAAAUGACUCCUUUAGUACAAAGCACUGUAGGUUUCAAGCCUUUGUAAGCGUUUUCAUUGCUUGUGACAGACUGAACUCCUGUUUAACCAAAGGUGCUUAAAAAAAAUCUCCAAGUCAAUCGUACAGUUCUUUUGCUACUGCGUGAACGCCAUGUGAUGGCAUGUAUUUUUUUUUUUUGUCUGUUAGCGCCCCCUUGUGGCCGAAUAUAUAUUACUUCAGACGCCCACAAUUUUCAAAAAAUGGUCGAUGGAACUUUCUUACACUGAACACAGGGGUUUUCCUUAGAAAUAAGUACUUGGAGAUACGGAUUAUAUAUACUUUAAAAUGUUAUACACCAAUAUCAGCACCUAAAGCACUUUGAAAUUACUGACUUCUUUUGUCUUUAACAGCUUUGUAUGCGAAAUCAUUCUGUACUAUACAAAUGUUUAUUAAAUAGAAAAUUGCAUUCUAAA